AACCAUAAUCAUAAUCGUAAUCAUAAUGGUCAUGUGUAUAUUAUAUUUACAUAAAUUUAACCGCGUUUAACGACAUCUAUACUCGAACGUGUAAAGUUGUCGUUACACGAUCUAUACACCUACUUAGUAGUAUAAUAGAGUAGUUAGUAGUUACCUACAUGUUUACGCGGAAAGUUAUUAUUAUUAUUAUUAUUAUUAUUAUAUUUUAAUACAUACCGUUCGUUUAACGGUUAAAUCGAAGUUUAGGCAAUUAGGCGACUUUCUUCUAUUAUAUCUCACGUAAGCACGUAUUAUAUUGUACGUCGACGACGGCAACGACGACGACGACGACGACGACGCCGCCGCCGCCGCCGCACACAUCGAAGAGAGACGCGUCUCACUUUUGACGCACUCUCUCCGUCGCUCGCUAACUCUCGGACGCCCGGACGUCUUGUCGUCUCUCCCGCUCACACGUCUUAUUCUACUUGCGCUGUCACUGUCUCUUUUUUUCUAUUUGUUUUUCUUCGUUUCGUAUUUUCCGUUUUUUUUUUUUCGUUUGAUAGUCGACCGAAAAUGCGUUUGCCGACAGUUGAUCCUGUAGUUCGCCGUGCCGGUACUUGUGCGUUUGGAAAAUGCAACUGAACUUGGGCGGUUCUCGACGGACUGCAAGUUGCGAGUCAACGAUUAUAAUUCAUAAUAUUAUUUUAGUCUAUCAGCUGUUUUGGCUGUACUUAACAAUAUAUUUUUACAUGAAUUUAUUGUUUUAGUUUUCACUUAUUUUAUUUGUUUACUGAAAACAAAAAAACAACUAGUCAAAAAAUCUAUAAAGAAUAAUAAUUAUCAAUAUGAUGCAAAACGGAAUGGAUUCAUUACCACAUAAUGGUUCAAUACAUACAUCAAGUACAAAUUCUCAUGCAUCACAAGGAAAUUCUUUAAAUGAAGAAAGUAAAACCAACCUUAUUGUAAAUUACUUACCUCAAACAAUGACUCAAGAAGAAAUUAGAUCACUUUUUUCUUCAAUUGGAGAAGUUGAAAGUUGUAAGCUUAUUAGAGAUAAAGUCACAGGAUCUCUUCCAUCAGGUCAAAGUUUGGGUUAUGGUUUUGUUAACUAUCAUCGACCAGAAGAUGCAGAAAAAGCAAUUAAUACUUUAAAUGGACUAAGACUACAAAAUAAAACAAUUAAGGUAUCUUUUGCAAGACCUAGUAGUGAAGCAAUUAAAGGGGCUAAUUUAUAUGUCAGCGGUCUUCCAAAACAUAUGACUCAACAAGACCUUGAAAAUUUAUUUAGUCCAUAUGGUCGGAUAAUAACAUCAAGAAUUUUAUGUGAUAAUAUGACUGAUAUGUUCACAGUUCGACAAUUUGUGGGAAAUACUGGAGGAGAUCAUUCGCCGUCAAUUUCAAAAGGUGUUGGUUUUAUAAGAUUUGAUCAAAGAAUUGAAGCCGAACGAGCAAUUCAAGAAUUAAAUGGAACUGUUCCCAAAGGUUCAACAGAAUCAAUUACUGUGAAGUUUGCCAACAAUCCUAGUAGCAAUAAAGCAGUACCUGCAUUAGCAGCUUAUUUAACUCCUCAAGGAGCUCGAAGGUUUGCUGCUGGCCCUAUUCAUCACCCUACUGGGCGCUUCAGGUAUAUUCCACUCUCCCCUUUAUCCAGCACUGGAAAAACCAUGCUUGCCAUAAACAAAGGCUUACAAAGAUAUUCGCCAUUAGCGGGUGAUCUGUUAGCAAACUCUAUGUUACCUGGUAAUUCAAUGAAUGGAUCUGGCUGGUGUAUAUUCGUGUAUAACUUGGCACCAGAAACAGAGGAAAAUGUAUUGUGGCAACUAUUUGGUCCAUUUGGUGCUGUUCAAAGUGUAAAAGUUAUUAGAGAUUUACAAACAAACAAAUGCAAAGGAUUUGGAUUUGUCACUAUGACUAAUUAUGAUGAAGCAGUUGUUGCCAUUCAAUCUCUUAAUGGAUAUACGUUAGGCAACCGCGUACUUCAAGUAUCUUUCAAAACCAAUAAAGGCAAAGGAGAUGCAUCCAGUUUGUUAAUGUCUCUUGCUGAUUCAUUAACUGACUGUUAAUAAUUUCAUCAAUCUUCUUCGAAUAUUUUCAAAUGUUUACAUAAUUCAUUCUCCCUUCUAAUACAUCUUUAACUGAAUUGCAAAUUCGCUGAUAUUUAUCAUGUCUAAAGAAGGAAUCCCGGUCGGAGUUUAUAAAUCCACACGCCGGAAACCCGCAACUUAUCAUAAAAUAUUUUAUUCAAUAUUAACCGUAAAUAAUGUUUAGGACUUUUAUUUCGUUUUUCUUUCGCUUCUUUACAAUGUAUGAUGUUGUGUAGUGUAUAGUAUAGAAAUAGUUGCCGUUUUCGUCGGCACAUUAUAAUCAUGCGUUCACCAUUCGUCAAGGCAACGACAUUUUUAAUACCAUGGUAUGUCGUGACUGGAAAAGUAGGUAUUGACUGCGAUAUAACUGGUAAUUGAUAUGAUCUACAUAUGUAUAUUCUUUGUAUAAUUGUUUAUAUAUUAUAAUAUAAUAUAUAGGUAGGUGGGUUGGUGGGUAUACAGAGACAGCAAUAAUACAUUAUAGGUUAGCUAGGUAUUAGGUAUACUAUAUAGAUGUUGUGUGCACUAUACUUUGUGCAAUUAGGUAUUAUAUAUUAAAAUAAUGUGCGAUUGUCUUGUCAAUGGAAUAUUAUAUUCAGUAAAAUCCGUCCUCGUGUAGUGAAGAAAUAAAUGUUACCCAAAAUAUAUUGUAGAGUUAAAAAAUAACAUUUUUUUUUUUUUUUUUUUGAAUAAGCCAUUCACUGAAUACUGUAGCUAUCGAUAAAAAAUUAAAAUAUCAUAAUAUAUGUACUUAACAUAAUAUCAUCCCCGUGUGGAGGAGUGCGCACACAU